AGUGUUGUUUUAUUUUUCUCACAGCAAUGGCUUCUUACAUGGACCGGGAGUUCACAACUGGAUUCAUUGAUGUGUAUCGGGCCAGCGAAUGUCUGUGGAAGGUCCGUAGCAAGGAUUUUUCAAACAGACAGAAGAAGGAUCAGGCCUACAGACAAUUGGUGGAGUACAGCAAAGCCCAUAACAGUGAUGCUGAUCUACUUUGGGCGAAGAAGAAGAUAGCAAACUUGCGGACGGUGUUCAAGAAGGAACACACACGCGUGAUCGAGUCUCAACGUUCAGGAGCCGGAACUGAUGAUGUUUACCAGCCGACGCUAUGGUAUUAUGAACAGAUGAAGUUCCUUUUGGAGAGAGAGGCGAAAUUACAUGGACAGGGUAACCUGGAUAAAGAGUCUCCUAAGACGCCAGAGGAAGAGGGGACCCUUAAUCCGGAAUCUACCCCGGAGGUAAUGAACACUUCCGCAACAGAGGCAACAGAACUGGAGCUCAGUGGUGAGGAGUCAGCACCAUCUCGGUCGACAGCACCACCAAGGCGGAGACAAAAGAAUUCAUCAUUGAGUUCCGAUUCUGCAUCCUCCAGCACGGUUCAAUUUAUCCAACGGGCAGAGGAAAUGCUUAAUAGGCCACCAGACUUCUAUCGUCAAUUUUCAAACACGAUAGAAUCUCAGAUACGUGUAAUGCCCGAAACUGUUUUUAGAACUUUCAGGCGCAUAGUAUUUGAUGUAUUGAGAAGGGCCGAGGAUAAUGACCUAUCCGAUGACCUGGAUCUAAUGUCAAAUCCUGUGCGGCGCGCACGAAAUGCCCCACAGUCCCAGUAUCCUUAUCCCCAACCAUACUAUUAUCCGCCGGGUAAUCCUCCGCCACAGCGCCCUUUUUUUUCGCCGGGACCCCCACCAACACCCACUCUGCCCACUCCUCCCACCAGCACUUUGUCCACUGGAUUGUACUCAGCAAUGCUGAGUACACAGCUCCCCCCAGAGGACGAGGCUACUUUUUUCAAUUAUUAAAUUAUAAUUUUUUUAAUUAGUUUUUUAGUUUC